AUUGGCCAUUGCUUCGUAAUACCGUGUGUGACGUGUAACGAUUGUGACGUCACUAGGGUUGCACAGUCUUCAUAUAAAACGCCGACAUGCUCACAGCAUUCAGGUCGCACUCUGGGAAGAGAACAGACGUGUUUCAGGUGAACAGACCUGCAGAAGAAAUGACUCACACUUUCAAAAUAACGAAGAAAAAUCAGAGCUUACGCCGCUAUCCACAGACAUCCCCUCUUCAGGAUUCUCUGUCUACAGCGUCCACAAAAGCUCGACCUGGAAAAAGAGAAAAGCUCCUAGAGCAGCCUGGAGUACAGAAGAUUAACACUUCUGGAAAUGCGCAGGAAGCUCUCGCAGCUAAGGUUGAGCGCCUCCUCAAGCUCCGAGCUCCUGCUCCUCCCAUCGUCCGCAGAAGAGGACGUGUGUUGAGGCCAGUCCAGCAGGAGACUUUAGAGCAUGUAAAGGCUCAUCAACCCGACAUAAACACACCAUGCGGGUCUCAGUGGGUGACUGAGUAUACGGGAAACUUUGGUUUCCCGCAAGUUGUGCACCCACCUUGUGCUCUGAAGAACACUGCACACCCUUUGGCCUCAGUCUUUCAGAGCACACCUGCCACUCUGUUUGCAGACAAGUAUCGACGCACCGAAUACCAGGCCGUCUACGGUCCAAAGAUCCGCACUGCUCAUUUCAACGUUACUCUGUACCGACAGAUCCACGGAACAGCUUAAAAGCAGGUCUCCGGGUGCCAAAUGUAAAAUUUUGAAUGCUCUUUUCUCAGACACAGUGGAUAUAUAAAAAUUCUACUCCGCCCCCCUUAAAAUUGCAGGUUUCUGUGAUGUAAAUAAAAGAAACAUAAAUAUAAAGCCUUGUAAAUACACAGAUCAGCCAUAAAAUUAAAAUCAUUGACAGGUACCAUGAAUAGCAUUGAUUAUCGUUACAGUGGCAUCUGUCAAGGGGUGGGAUAUAUUAAGCAGCAAGUGGACAGUCAGUUCUCAAGGUUGAUGUAUUUUAAGCAGGAAAAAUUGGCAAGCAUAAGGAUCUGAGUGACUUUGACGACUGGGUCAGAGUGUCUCCAAAAUGGUAGGUCUUGUGGGGUGUUCCCAGUAUGCAGUGGUUAUUACCUACCAAAAGUGGUCCAAGGAAAGACAACUGGUGAACCAGCGACAGGGUCAUGGGUGCACAAAGCUCAGUGAUGCGCUUGGGGAGCGAAGACUAGCCUGUCUGGUCCGAUCCCACAGAAGAGCUACUGUAGCACAGAUUGCUGAAAAAAGUUAAUGCUGCCUAUGAUACAAAGGUGUCAGAAAAUGCAGUGCUUCACAGCUUGCUGCAUAUGGGACUGCGUAGUUGUAGAAUGGUCAGAGUGCCCAUGCUGACCCCUGUCGACUGCUGCAAAUGCUUACAAUGGACAUGUGAGCAUCAGAACUGAACCAUGGAGCAAUGGAAGAAGGUGGCCUGGUCUGAUGAAUCACGUUUUCUUUUACAUCAUGUGGACGGAUGGGUGCGUGUACGUUGCUUACCUGGGGAAGAGAUGGCUCCAGGAUGCACUAUGGGAAGAAGUCAAGCUGGCAGAGGCAGUGGGAUGCUCUGGGCAAUGUUCUGCUGGGAAACAUUGGGUUCUUGCAUUCAUGUGGAUGUUACUUUGACACGUACCACCUACCUAAACAUUGUUGCAGACCAAGUACACCCCUUCAUGGCAAUGGUAUUCCGUCAUGGCAGUGGCCUCUUUCAGCAGGAUAAUACACCUGGCUACAGUGUAAAAAUUGUUCAGGAAUGGUUUGAGGAACAUGACAAAGAGUUCAAGGUGUUGACUUGGCCUCCAAAUUCCCCAGAUCUCAAUCCAGUCAAGCAUCUGUGGGAUGUGCUGGACAAACAAGUCCGAUCCAUGGAGGCCCCACCUCACAACUUACAGGACAUAAAGGAUCUGCUGCUAACAUCUUGGUGCCAGAUACCACAGCACACCUUCAGAGGUCUUGUGGAGUCCAUGCCUCUACAGUUCAGAGCUGUUUUGGCAGCACAAACGGAACCUACACAAUAUUAGGCAGGUAGAUUUAAUGUUAUGGCUGAUCUGUGUAUAUCCAUAUAAUUAAUAAUCCAUAUAAAGAUAUCCAAAAAAUAAACAUAUCCACUGUAUAUUACAAAGAGUAAUUAAUGAAGCUUGUUUGGGAAAGCAACAUCAGUAUGCAAUUUUUUACAUUUGGUGCCCAAUACUCCAUGGAUGUCUGAAUAUGAGGAUAGCUACAAAUUCUUCAACCUCAUCACAUCAAGACAGACAGUCCACUUGCAGAGAAGUUCUCACAUCAACCACCAGAGCAUCUUGAGAUCGUGAGUUCGAAGCCUGACGAUGCCACAGCCAAUCUAUAGACGAGAGUCCAAGAGACAAAAUUUGCCUUGCUCUCAGGGAGGGAGGGGUGACAUUCUCGCUCUCCUCUACCAAUCACAGCAACACUAGCCAAUCAUGGGUGUCUGUGAGCUCAUGUGUGUGGGAGUGGAUGGAUAGCACUUUCCUCUGAGUGUGUUACGCCACCCCCUGACGUUACAUGUGCAGCAGUCUGAAAAGAUGCUGGCUCUGAGGAAGGACGUGAUAGCCCUCGCCCUCCCUGGUUGUAGCUGUUGGCAGAGAAAUCACAGAAGAAAUAUGGAGAACACUGGGGGAAAAUAAAAAAAUGAUUAAACAAACAGAAUAAUCAACAGAGCAGGAGUUUGACUGUUUUGUCUUUUAAAUACUUAUAGGUUUCCUCUCCCACAGUGUACCUGUUUUAGGUUAGGAAGAGCUUGAAAUUUAUGAGAAUUUGCUUAUUUACAUAUGUUAAUUCAUCACUUUUCUAGUCUUUUUAGAACCUGCAGACUCACAGCUGCCAUUUCAACAUCUCUGUGUACCGACAUACCUACACACUUUUACAAGCGGAUCGUAGAAAUGGCAGAGACUUGGGCUUGGUCUGAGAAAAUGUACAAGUGUGUCUUGCAGGUUUUCAUUCCCAAACCAUAUCCAGGAGUGACAUUCUAUGGAAAAAAGGUGAAGAGGUCUUUCAGAAGAAGACAUGUUCUCUGAGACGGGUGUAUCCUUUACAUAGCUUACAUCUUUUUCACCUCUGUAUCAGCAGCCUCAUAAGCGGGACAUAGCAUUACAUAGCCAUUUUACAUCAAAUUUGGUCUUACAUCUAUUACAGUUAUGUUACAGCUAUGGCUGUGAGAUAUUGAUUUAUUUCACCUGGUUCUUUUCCUGAACACAAGAUGGGGGAAGGGGGUGUGGCUUCCAGAAAGUGUCUUUCCAAGCUGUGAAAGUGGUAAUUCGCAGGUUGAAAUGACGUCAUUGGCAGAUGUGGUAAUAUAAUCUGCGAUAAACAUCACUGGAUAUUAACGUAAUAUCGUGAAGGGACGUUAAUCUCGUUAUAUUGCACAACCCUAGUUACAGUGCUUGUUUAUCUAUAGUACCUAAUGCCAGCUGAGGAGGACAGCUUUAGGUUUCUCCAUAAUUUCUCCAUAAAUUAAUCUAAGUUUAUGUAAAAUGGAGUUUUUCCUCACCACUGUUGCUCUUUUGGAGAUUAAAGCACUGGGCAGAGUAUAUUAGCAAAUAAAAUCAGAUCUAUUAAGUGCAAUAUUUAGGUAUAAUCUGUGCAGUAUUGCAAAUAAACUGUAUUUUCCAUGAAGUGAUGUGUUGCUGGUCUGUACUGCAAAGUUCCUGGGAAUCUCCACAGCGAGAAAUCUAACAGGUCUAACAAUUUGAAAUGUUUGGCACAAUGGUAAUGACAUAGGCAUAUUCAAUGAGCACACACACACAUACACAGGGACUGAAACAAAUAGUAACUGUACAGCUGGCUACUGUCUCUGGAGUUCCUGGUUAGGGUUUAGUGUUGUUCACCUUAAUAUUUAUUAAUAUCAUUCAUUAUAGUUGUCUUUGAAACAAUACUUGAAAAAAUCCGAUAUCCUUUUCCUCAAGAACUUUAGUCAAUAAUUAAAAAUCUAUAUUCGGCAUAAAACUACCCACUGUUUUAACCAAAAUUCUACCCAUUGUUUUUUUUGAGGGUUUUUUUUUUAUUAUUAUUUUAAGUUACUUCUGUUUCUGAGAUGCUAUGCAGCCACCACUAGGAGGAGUUGCAGUUCCAGCAGCCUGCCUCCUUCCACUCCGAUGAUAAAGUGGUUUGUUAGUAUAAAAUAAAUGUCCAUCACUGUCCACUGUCCUUUAUCAGGAGCAGUUGUGUA